UUAGAAAUGGGCCAUAUGAUAAGAAAAAAUAUCAUUAGCUUUUGUAUAGGCUAAAAAAAAAAAAAAAAAAUAGGGAAGGCAAACUUCAAAGUUCAAACUUCUUCAUAUCUUCCCCAUCUUCCUUACCUACAAAAUUUUUCCCUCAUCAUGGAGGCUUUAAGUUUCUUUGUUGGUAUCAUAGGCAACAUAAUCUCCAUUCUUAUGUUUCUCUCUCCAGCGAAGACAUUUUGGAGGAUUGUGAAGGACAGAUCAACACAGGAAUUUGAGUCUCUUCCUUAUAUUUGCACACUGCUGGGUUCAUCACUUUGGACUUACUAUGGAAUCAUAAAGCCAGACAGUUAUCUUGUAGCUACUGUUAAUGGUUUUGGUGUGGUUGUUGAGACCGUAUAUGUCUUCUUGUUUCUUGUAUUUGCACCUCCAAAGAACAGGGCUAAAACGGCAAUACUUGCUGCAAUUCUGGAUGUUGGUUUUCUAGCAGCAGCAAUUGCAGGAAUACAUUUUUUACUGCAAGGGGACAUAAGGAUCGAUGUAACUGGUAUUAUAUGUUCAGGCCUAAAUGUUAUCAUGUAUGGUUCACCUCUUGCAGCUAUGAAAAAUGUGGUGACAAUGAAGAGUGUGGAGUAUAUGCCAUUUCUUCUGUCAUUUUUCCUAUUUUUAAAUGGAGGAAUUUGGACUCUCUAUGCAUGCCUUGUAAACGACUGGUUCCUUGGAGUACCAAAUGCUAUAGGAUUUGUACUUGGUACGUCUCAGCUAGUACUCUAUGCAAUUUAUCGUAAUCCUAAAGCUUCAAAGAAAAUAGCAGCAGAUUUGGAGGAUGGACGGCAGAGAAAGCCCCUACUUUCUAAUCCAGAAGAAAAAUAAAGUAGUAGAGUAGCAAUGUACCAUUGAUCACAAAAAAAAUUGGAUGUAUUAAAUUUUAUAUAAUGAGGGAUAUGUUUUGAGUUUGAAUAUGUUUGGCUAUGCUUAAAAAAGUGAAGUUAUUUUUAAAGAACAUUUUAUUUGUAAACGUAUUCGGAAGACUAGUUAAUUUCUUUUAUGUGAAAAGUUAUUUUGUGAAAA